GAACACGUUUAUGUAACCAUAAUGAAAUAUUCGAUCCGUGUGAGAAAUUAUUAAAAUUAACACCAUUUGAAAAGGCUACACUUAUGUCUUGGUUAUCCGAUACCAAUGUGGAUAAAGGUUUAAAUUUGUAUAUUUUGUUACAUUAUUUGUCUGCAAUUAAUAGCAACUCAUAUUAUUAUCAUUAUGUUAAUAAUGGUAAUUCUGAUGGUACAAAUAUGUUUGGACACAUUAUUGGUACAUCAGGUAGUGGCAAGUCGUCGGCCUUAACUCCUCAUAUGGAUGCCCUAGGUCGAACUUUAUCACAAAUGGAUAUCAAACAAGAGUAUAUUCAACAUCCAAAUAAAAGUAUAGAUUUAUUAUUUGAACAACCAUUUAUUGUUUCAAAUUCGACAGCACUUCAAGUGUUUCGUAGUUUAUUAUAUGGCAAUCGUUUAUUAUGUUCCACAGAAUGCGACACAUUACUUUCGAAUUUAGGUGCAUAUGGUAAUCAAUAUAAUGAUCCUCGUUUUUCAGAAAAUGUGAAUAUGCUUAUUCAAAUGUUCGAUGGAACUAAACAACAGAAUCGAGCAACUCUUUCUACAUCGUACAAUAUUCCGGACGGAAGACGAGCCUCUAUUAUUGGUGCAAGUGUUGGUGAUCCAUAUGCUCGUGUAUCACAACAACAUUAUGAAGCAAAUGGUAUUAGUGGUGCUCACAAUAGAUUUACUCAUUAUUCAUGUCCUGUAAUGAAAGCUAUUAAAACUAAUUCUGGUACGAAUGGUGUGGUAUCUAAUAUGGUGCCAUCGUUGCAACAUGUCUAUACAGUGUCUUUUUUACUUGGAAAAGUUGAAUAUGUUGCACGACAAAAUGUAUAUGAUAAAUCUCAAAAGAAAAAAUCAAGUAAAUGUCAUAUUUUAUUUCUUCAUAAAGCUUGCUUAUAUUUUCUUAAAGAUGUAUAUAAUCCGGACGUUGAAGAGAAAUGGAAUCGUUUACGACCAACUUCUAAGCGUCAAUACCAUUACUUAUCAUCAAAAAUUGAAAUUGAGCUUGAAGAACCUGAAGACGAUGCUUCAUAUGAACACAGUAAAAGUGCUCACUAUUACAUGUUUAAUCGUGUUUACCAACAAUGGGAAGAAGCAACAGAAACAGAACAACAAGAACAUGAAGCUAUCAUCAGUUUCAAAAAUUCGGCUAAAAUUCCUCGUUUUAUUUGUAAUUUUGCUCGUUUCCGAUUAAUUAUGAAUAUUUUAUGGCACGAUGAUGUUUAUCAAUUUAUUGAAAUAUCAGAAACCGUGGAACUACCAUAUCGUGUCUCUGAUUCUUUUAUUGAAGCUGUUAAAAAUGUUAUGGAUCAAAUGUUUCCAUCAAACUUACGUAAAGAGGAUGGCACGAAAAUCUUAGUUAUUGAAAAAGAUACAGCUCUUAUGGGUGAUAUAUUUUUUGGUCAUGUUGAUUAUGUAUCACGACAAUUGUUUGAUCUAUCAUCAAUUCUAGAGAAAUUCAAUACCUCUCCGAUACCAUGUCGUGUGUUGAAAAGUGUACAAGAGAAAACUCAAGAAAAAGCACAACCAACACUUGAAAAGGUUGAUUUUGCAAAUCGGGACAUUCUUACUAUAAUAUUAUCAAAAUUCGUUUUUUUUUCUACAUCUACAUUCAAUUCAUAUCGACAAUUUCAUAAUGAUAAGGAUCGUUUGGUAACAGCGAUUGAAUAUUUAAUCGAUAAUGAAUUGAUAUAUCGAUCUCCUAAUAAAUUUCGAUUCAUCAAAGGAACUCGUUCAAGUUAUGCGAUGGCAACACCUAAUCAAAUUAAACGAAGUAAUUUAGCACAUACAGCACUUAUUAAAUUAAACUUGAAUAUUAAUGAAUAUGAAAAGUUAUGGAAACAAUGUUUAUUACCAACACCUGAAUUAGCAGGGAAGAUUGAUAAACCAGCAAUUGAUUAUAUCAGUUCUCAGUUAGUUGAUUAUAUUUCAAUUAUUCAUCGUUUGGGCGACGCCGAUGAUCCCGUUGCCCAGGAAAUAUUGAAACCUGGUUUACAUAGUGCCCAAAUUGGUAUUGAUUUUAAUUCCAAUACAUUUUCAUUGGCAUCAGAACACAUUCUUAAUUUCAAUACUGACGAUGAUGUUAUGAAGCAAUUAAAAAAAAUUUGUAUUCGACCAACUAAUGGAAAAAAUGAUUUAUUGAUAUGUACUAAGUCUUCAAUGGUCGACAAUCAUCAUUACAUUAACACGACUGAUACACUUGUAAUGGAUCUAUCUCAACCUGAUGUAAUGGAUCUAUCGCAACCUGAUGUAAUGGAUCUAUCGCAACCUGAUGUAAUGGAUAUAUCUUUAUUACAUGUUGAUGUUGUUGAACAACUUCAAACGAAGCUACCCCCGUCGUCAAUUUCCAAGAAUAUGUCUUCAAAUGAAACUUACGAAAUAAGUAUACUUAAAAGUCAUGGUUUAUUCAACGAAAAAGCUUUUAGUUCUAUUGAAUAUGAUUAUCCAAUAAGUGAUUCUUUGAAUAUCAAUAAUUCUGAUGAAAGCUUCCAUAAUCAGCAACAUCCAUAUCAGAAACUAUCCUGUAAAUUAUCUUCGUCAAUAAUCGUUGAAAAUAAUGAUGAUAAUGGAUAUAAAACUACUUCAACUAGUGCUAUGGACGUCGAUUCUAAUUCUCAAGUAUCAUCGGAUAAUGAAACAAUGCCAUCUGCGUAUACAACAACAUCAGAUGAUUCAAACAAAACUUCUAAUGAAACGAAUAUUCAGCCAUCUAAAACAUUUGAUAUUAUUACAUUAUCAAAGCGGCUUAUGCUCAAACCAUUUAUUGCAUUUACAAAAACAGAUGCUACUCGUAUAUAUAAUAAUGCUGAAACAUAG